CUGAUGUAGUACCUGACUAGUAUUCCCCAUGUCCGAACUUGAUGAUCAGCUACUAGAUGUCGUCUCUGGCUGAUUAUGGUAGGAAAGGGAGGGGAGAUAGUAGUGCCGUACAUCGCUCUUACUCGGGGAACUAAUGCUGCUCAACACAGCUCCAUUACCAUUCUCGUAUCAUCUAUGGUUGUCAGCCAGCUACUUACUAGCUGCUAGUGAAACAACCAGGAUACCCUCGUCAUCCACGCAGGCACCUGAGCUGUUGGGAUUCAUUUCAGCAAAUGGGAGGCGGUUUCAUACCGGACAACCUUGCCGGUCGAAGGAUCUUCAUCGUCACCUGGAUGGAUGUAGAUCUUUACGACUGGACCUCGUUGCCCAUGGGGGUUCGCCCAUGGAUCUGUGAGCAAAAAGAGCCACUAACCGGCCCUAAGGCUCCCUCAAAACUUAUCCCCGACAUCCAA